AAAGAUAACGUUUUAAAGUCUAUGGACAUAACAAGAACAUUGCUUACAACUGUGGCGGUGAGAUCAGCAGUUUCUCAGUCCCCAAAGACGUUACGAGUGCCUGGCAUGAGUAUCUUAGUUGGCCGGGAGUCAUCAUGUGGACUUCAAGAAAGAAGUUUGAACUUGACCGAAAAAGACAGCUUUCGUCUUCCUCGAAAUAUGAAUCGCGCUUUUGCAAAUGAAAGUGUGGAGUGGGCUGAGUAUCAGAUGUUAAAAACAAGUUUCAAUCCAUACCGCUGGCACGAAAGCUAUCAUAAAGUCAUGUCAGAAGUUCUUAGUCUCGAGUUUACCAACGGUAAGGGUGUAUUACCUGUUGGUGGAGAAGACGUUGACAUUGACAUUAAAAUACCACUAAAUCCUCCUGGAAACAGCUCAUAUGAUAAUAACUACUUUGUCAGACCACAAAAUAUGAGAUACCACAUCGUUGAACUUGAAGAAAAUUCCGAUUCCAUCAUUCUUGAAGUUCAACCUGUCAAUGAGAGUCUUUCAAUGACAGUGUUUGUUAAACUCGGGGAGCGUCCAACCGUUAACAAUUACAGCCAUAUGUCCAACGUACCGGACUUUUCGUCGUGCAGUUGGGACAGAAUUAGUGGCAAUUGGUUGUCAAGAUGCUUAAGAAGUCCAUACCAGGUCAUGUCCACUGGACAUUUUAAACAAACUGGUUUGUAUUACGUCGGGGUUCUGUACGUUGAACGUAGUCACGACCAGUUAAAUCACACUCGAACAAGACGAUCAUGCAACGGAAAAAGGAGACACAGAAGGGACUGCGUUGAGCCAAAGCCACCUCCAGUGAAAGGAAUAGAGUACAAUAAAACUUUGAUUUAUAAUCCUUUUACUGAUGAGAACUAUACUAUAAAAGUUCGGAAAUAUAGUUGUUACUAUUUUGCUUUAACCCAAGGCAAGUGGAGUAAAGAUGGCUGUAAGGUUGGAGAUGAAACAAAUGAUCAUCUACUUCAUUGUAGAUGUAAUCAUCUCACAGGCUUUGGAGGUGGUUUCGUCUUUGCACCAAAUCCUAUCGACUUCAACAAAGUUUUGAACGAGUUUACUAGACUCGAAGAAACAGAAAAUUACGUGGUUCUUGCAACUGUCUCUUCUAUUUUUGGCGUCUUCGUUUUGAUGAUUAUAUGGGCAAGGAGAGCUGAUGUGAAAGACGAAAGAAAGCUGGGACCAACUGUUCAUGUGAAACCGAAUGAAAAUGGCACGUAUAUGUACGAGUUCACCGUAGUAACGGGAGUUUGGCGAAAUGCUGGGACUACUUCCAAUGUGUUCGUUAAAAUCUACGGCACUGAAGGCAUUCUAGAGUCUGUGAAUUUGACCGCGAAUUCACCGCCAGGAAGAAAAAUGUUUGCAAGAGGCAACAUCGAAAAGUUUGUCUUCCAUCUUGAAAAUUCACUCGGAGUUGUAGUUAAGAUAGAAUUGUGGCACGACAACUCUGGAAAGAACUCCUCCUGGUUUCUAGAUCAAGCUCACCUUGUCGAUAUAAAUAAUGAUCAGAGAUGGGACUUCUUCCACCACAGUUGGCUUUGUUUGCACAAGGGAAGUGGAUCUUUAAAAGCAACAAUAAAGUCCGCUGAUCCAGGCAAAGAGACUCGCAGUUUUAAAACACUGUUUUAUUCUGUUUCUUCAGUCGACCUUGCAGAACAUCAUUUAUGGGCCUCUGUGAUAACCAGACCAUUACGCAAUCAAUUCUCCCGCGUCCAAAGAGCCUCUUGCUGCCUUGGUUUACUAUGUCUGGCAAUGGUUUGUAACGCCAUGUUUUAUCAAGUGAAUAGAGUUCCCGAUGAGCCAAUUCAGAUCGGUCCUUUACAGAUGUCAUUACGCCGGCUGAUUAUUGGUAUUAAGAGUUCAUUGAUUAUUGCCCCACUAAGCCUAAUAAUAACUGGAGCCUUUCGAUACCGAAAGAUAAAAAGACAAAAACAGAGACUCAUUGGCGAUAUAGAAGAGAGCUUUAACGUAGAGCGUACUGCUGCAACGAGAUCAAGAUGGUGUAGUCUCCCUUAUUCAUUUUUAUACAUCGCUUGGUUUCUUUGUUUAUCGGUGAUAUUUGUAUCCGCGACCAUAACAGUAUUUUACAGCCUUCAAUGGGGCAAACAAACUGCCAACAUGUGGCUGGCUUCCGUAGUUGCCUCCUGUGUCCAGGACAUCUUUUUUUGGCAACCCGCAAAGGUUCUCACCUUUACAGUCUUAUUGAUUCUAAUUUUCAAGAGACCAAAACUAAACACCAAGAAAGGUGAUAGAUAUAAAUCGUCUUUCACCGAGGAGAUGAAAGAGCUACGCGCCUAUGAAUUAAGAAAGGAAAAGUUCUUCGGACUUGCUCGUCAGUUUGUCGCAUUUAUGGUUUUCUAUCUUUUGUUGAUGAUUGUCGCCUAUGGAGACAAGGAUCACCACAGAUAUCUAUUGACCAAAGGCACUCGGGAUGGAUUCACCUUUUUUUACAAGGUCAACACAGGAGAAAAGAUGUGGACUUACAUGCUGGGUAAAUUUGUCAAUGACGCGUAUGCCGGUGAGUGGUACAAUGGUCAGGUUGAGCAAACGCCAGAAUACAUUGGUAAUAAAGUUUCCAUGCUUAUUGGAAUGCCUCGACUCCGGCAGCUUCGAAUAAAGGAAGAUUCUUGCCAAGCCGCCGAGGAGGUUGAGACGAUUAUUGACAAGUGCUACGAUUUCUACUCGACCCUAGAAGAAGAUACAACUCGUCUAUAUCUUCCCCACUGGAUUUAUUUAUCAGAUUCACAGAUUAAAUGGAAAAAUCUAUCACAACUUUGUCCCAGACCGUGGCGAUAUUCAACUGCAGAGGAGCUCAAUAACUUUCCAUCCUGGGCCCAGCAUCACAUAUAUGGCGGUGGGGGAUACGUUCUUGAUUUAGGAUACGACAAACCGACUGCUAUCCGCAUGAUGGAAGGCGUCAAAGACAAGGAUUGGAUUGACAGGAGAACAAGGGCAAUUCUUCUCGAAUUUCAAGUCUUGAACUUAAAUACUGACUUAAUGAGCAUUAUUACUUAUUAUUAUGAGGUUCUACCUUUCGGAUUUGGACUUACUUAUGAAAAAAUUGACACCAUAAAAAUGUUCAAUUUUCAGUCUACGUCCAGUAGCUUUUAUCUAAUGUGUCAAUUGUUGUUUAUGCUGGCAGUGUUAGUGUAUAUAUCUAUUCUUUUAAUCCGACUAUGUCGCGAGGGAUGUACAUUUUUCAAAAAAAUGUGGAACUGGAUAGACAUCGCUCAAAUUAUGAAUGCCUCGCUAGCAAUUGUGUUUUAUGUCCUAAAGGCAAAGUUUAUGCAUGAUAGUAUAAAAGAAUUGCGAAGGAAUCCUUUUCUCACGGUGAGCUUCCAGUUUGCCAUUUUUUGGACUGACAUGGAAAAUGUUGCCCUAGCAUUUGCUUUGUUUAUUGCCACAUUCAAAAUUCUCCAUUUUAUUCGCCUUAGUCCGCAUGUACAAAUACUGGCUUGGACAGUAAUUACUGCGAAAAACGACAUUUUAUCAUUCAGCUUUCUCUUUGGAAUACUGUUUAUUGCACAUGGCCAGUUUGCUUUCCUGGUUUUUGGUGAUUCAGUGUUUUCAUUUUCAUCAUUCAUUCGUUCAUUUGCCUCAGAGUUUGAGUUAGCACUGGGUAACACUAUUCAUGUUGCUGAACUUGACGAUGUCAAUAGAGUGCUAGGUAACCUUUUUACCGCUAGUUUUAUGAUCGCCCUUGCAGUUCUUCUUAUAAACAUAUUUGUGUCUAUUUUAGAUUUUAACCUACACAAUGUAAAGGAGGAUGAAGAGAGGCUGCAAGAGGCAUUUGGUAUGGGGGAGUUUAUUAAGUCGUUGUUCGGCAAUGAUGAUAACAAGCAAAACGGUAAAUAAGUACCUUUUUGGUGAUAGAAUUCUUUCGAUUUAGCUCGCUUUUCAAUCAUGCAUGUUACAAAAGAAUAGAGGAAACCGUUUGCAGCAAACCUUAGAUGUUACAAAAAGAGCUAAACUUACCCUUCAAGUGACGCACAACAACAAAAGAAACAGCUAUGCAAAAUGAAUCACAGAUACAAUACGGGGUAGUGUAAGGACAUUGCAUCAAAGAUGUAUUUACUCAAUGAUAACUUAAAUUUUUUUUUUUUUGAUUCUGUAAUUGGAUAGAGUAAGGGCGAAGAAUCUGA